UUUGUGCUUAUAUAUGUAUAUAUUAUUUUGUACAUGCUUAUAAAGGUUGUGUUUAUCAGCUAGCUCUGUUGUGUGUCGCGUGUUAGUGACGUCACCCCUUGCUUUGACAUUGGCAUGUAGCAUGCAGGAAGGCUGACAGAAGUGAAGUUAUGUCUCUCCUCCAGCUUUCCAGACCCCUCCUCGGGCUCCUCGCAGAGACUUCAUCCAGGAUACACCAGAGGACUUUUAGUGUGUCCGCCGUUUCAGCAGCCAUUCAGAAAAUGACCAGAGUGCGCGUCGUGGACAACAGCUCCCUGGGAAACACGCCGUAUCACCGGGCGCCCAGAGUGAUCCACGUCUACACCAAGAACGGGGUCGGGAAAGUCGGAGACAAAGUGUUGCUCGCCAUCAAAGGACAGAAAAAGAAGGCGCUGAUCGUCGGACACAAGAUGCCCGGAGACCGGAUGACUCCACGCUUUGAUUCGAACAAUGUCGUCCUUAUUGAGGAGAACGGGAACCCCACAGGGACCAGGAUUAAGGUUCCCUUACCGACACAGCUUCGUACGAUGGAUGGAGACUACUCCAAAGUUCUAGCCAUCGCGAGUUCAUUCGUUUAAUAACAUUCAUUCAUUCAUUCAACAUGAUGUAUUUUUCUUCUAAUGUCUGUAAAAACAUGUUUGUCUUCAGUAAACUUUGAAACACUGUCUUCA